UAGCCUUGUCCAUUUGGAGAGUUGUAGUUGUAGACUGGGGGAGGUAAACUAUGGACUCUGAAUCUCUGAUUCAAUUCACUUCAAUUAAAGCAGUUUCCACCUUUAAAAAUGGAAGUAUAAAUUGAAGAAACUUCGUGAAGGUGUUCCAUUAUAUACAUUAAGAUGGCAUUUGUGGACUUGUUCGUCGUGGCAUUAGUACCUGUUCUGAAAACUCUCAUAAUUACUGCUGUUGGCUUGUUCCUUGCUUUGGAACGUGUCAAUCUCCUUGGCUCUACUGCAAGGCACCAUUUGAACAAUCUUGUGUUCUAUAUUUUCACUCCCGCAUUGGUGGCUAGCAGUUUGGCUGAAACAGUAACAUCGAGCAACAUUGUUUCAUUAUGGUUCAUGCCUGUAAACAUCCUUCUCACAUUUAUAAUCGGUUCAGCACUUGGAUGGUUACUUGUGAAAAUCACAAGAACUCCUAUAGAACUUCAUGGCCUUGUUAUAAGUUGCUGUGCUGCAGGGAAUCUGGGGAACUUGCUUCUCAUCAUAAUUCCUGCAGUUUGUGUGGAGAAAAAUAGUCCCUUUGGAGAUUCAGUUACAUGCUCCACCAAUGGAAAGGCCUAUGCAUCACUAUCUAUGGCGAUAGGAGCAGUCUAUAUAUGGACUUAUAUCUAUAACAUAAUUCGAGCAUAUGGAGUCCAACAUAAUACCUCAACUGUCAACAUAGAGGAUUCUGGUGAAGUCCCAGAUCUGUUACUGUCCGAUAGCUGUACGAAAUUGUUAUCUUCACAGGAUAGGCUACAAUCUGAUCAUAUGGACCAUGAAGCUCAACUUGCAGUACCUCUCAUUGGAUAUGAAACCACACAUGAGGGACAUUUUGUUAGGAAGAUCAAGCAACAUAUCAAAAUAUGGACGCAAAGGAUCAAUUUCAAAAUGUUGUUUGCACCAUCGACAAUUGCUACGAUUGUUGGGAUCAUCAUUGGUGUAACGUCCCUCUUAAGAAAGCUGAUGAUUGGAAAUGAGGCUCCGUUGCAUGUGAUUGAUAGCUCUGCUUCUAUGCUAGGAGAGGCUGCAAUACCAGCCAUGACAUUGAUAGUUGGAGCAAAUCUUCUUAGAGGGCUGAAAAAGUCCGCAGUAGGGAUGUGGGUUGUGAUAGGCAUACAGGUAGUACGUUAUGUGGCAAUGCCAUUAUCAGGGAUUUGUGUUGUCAAAGCUGCACGCCAUUUUGGGUUGGUUGGAUCAGAUUCCUUAUAUCAGUUUGUACUUCUCCUGCAAUAUGCACUUCCUUCUGCAAUGACUAUCGGUACAAUUACACAGUUGUUUGAAGUUGGUGAAAGUGAAUGUUCAGUGAUUAUGCUAUGGAAUUAUGCACUGGCAUCAGUUGCUCUUACUCUAUGGACCACUUAUUACAUGUGGAUUUUAUCUUGAUCAGUCUCUACCAAAUAUCAUGUCUUUUGUUUUGCCUUUACAAUUACACAGUUGUUUUGUCUUUUGAGUUUUAAUGGUUAAUUCUUGAUUUUUGAUGAUUUGAACGAGCAGAGUCUAUAUGAUAUUAGUACACUUGUGUGCAUAUUUUUGGAUCCCGAGAGCUUCAUGGAUCUGAUUCGAAAGGUUUUGAAUUGCCGAUGAUUUUGCUUGUGUCUAGGGUCUGCAGGUCUCGCAUUUGUCAAGACCUGUUCGUAAUUGCGAGUCCCGCUUUUGCAAAGUUCGACUACCAAAUGCGAUAAUUGGUGAGGAGUUGCUGGCUUCGCAAAAAUGAAGAUGUUGUCACAAAUGUGUAUCGACCUGACCGGUCAUUUUACUUUCUAGAUCUCCAUUCUCCUAAUUAAGAUUCCCCGUAUGUGUUUUUACUUUUUGUGACUUGCGGGGAUAGUUAGUUUUGAUUUGGAAGGGUUCAGGUUGAAAUUCAAA